GCGCCUGCCUUGGUCGCCUUCAGGGUGUUGAAGCCCUUGAAUGUACCGUAUCCUCACUGGCAAUGCUUCACGUCUAGCCACAAUCCCAUCAAGACUCUCCAUCGUUCAAAAUGCUCAUCCAAGACGGUCUACGGUGUUCUCGGGAAAGUUCUGGAGUAGUUCUUCCUCCUGGAAAUUUACCAAACACGACACGGCAGUAUUAUCGGACGCUCAAAGAAGAACCAUUUACGCACUUUCAAGCCCUCCUGGAAAAGCUGGAGUAGGAGUAAUCCGAAUAUCCGGUCCAGACGCAUCCGCAGUCCGCGACGCAUUGCUCAGAAGUUCCAGAGGAUCAUCAUUACCACCCCCAGAACCUUGGAAGUUACAACGAUGUCGUGUCGUUCAUCCCAAGAGUCCUGAACAAGUGCUGGACGACGGACUAGCCGUCUUUUUUCGAGGCCCAAAGUCAUUCACUACCGAAGACGUGUUGGAAAUUCACAUUCAUUCUGGUCGUGCGAUUGUGGCCGCUGUUUUGAACGCCAUCUCGAAUCUGCCGUUCUGUAGACCUGCAGAGCCGGGCGAAUUUACGCGUCGUGCGUUUGAUGGUGGGCGGUUGGAUCUCACACAAGUUGAAGGGCUUAGAGAUUUGAUUCAUGCGGAGACUGAGAGCCAGAGAGUUGUGGCCCUCAGAACAGCUGGAGGAGAGCUGAGAGAGCGUUUUGAGCGACUUCGGACGGAUAUCAUUCAUUGCCUAGCCAUGGUGGAAGCUCUCAUUGACUUUGGCGAAGGAGAGGAUCUCGAAGAGGGCGUGUUCGAACAAGCACGGGAAGAAACGAAGAGGUUGAGCGAAACCAUUCAAUCAUACCUCAAUGACAACCGCAGAGGAGAAAUCAUCCGAAAUGGUAUUCGUCUCGCCAUCUUUGGGCCUCCGAAUGCGGGAAAGAGCAGCUUGCUCAAUUUUUUGGCUCAACGCGACGCUGCUAUCGUCACCCCGAUUCCCGGAACGACGCGUGAUAUUCUCGAGGUUUCACUCGAUAUCGGUGGCUUACCAGUCGUUGUCGCGGAUACAGCUGGCUUAAGGCAAACGGAGGAUGUUGUGGAGAGUAUUGGAGUCGAAAGGGCCAAAAGAAUAGUUCAGGAGUCGGAUAUCUCCCUCUGCGUGUUGUCAUUACCCGAAACCCUACCCUCCGUUUCGCAGACACAGCUUCAAAUCCCGUCGAGUGUUCUACCGUUGAUCACUACGAAUACCUGCUUCCUUCUUAAUAAAACAGACCUCUUUCAUUCUCCAACCACGAGGUUGGACACAAGACUUCGCCUCCCAGAAGGAUUACCUGACUUAAAGUUCUGGUCAGUCAGUCUAAGCACGGGAGAAGGACUCUCGAAAUUCCUUCAGGGUCUUGGAAGCACCCUGCAAGAACACUUCAAUCUCCAAGCCGACCAAAGCUCAGGUCAAAUGCCCAUGAUAACUCACGCGCGACACCGGUCACAUCUGGAGACAGCCUCACGAUUCAUCGAAGCCUUUCUGCAGUAUGACGUAAACGAUGUCGUUCUCGGUGCUGAAGAGCUGAGGUACGCAGCCCAAGCAGUGGGCAAGAUCUCCGGUUUGAUCGACGUAGAGGACGUACUGGACGCUGUUUUUCGGGACUUUUGCAUCGGGAAGUAGUAUCGAAGAAGUUGCCUCCAUCCUCUCCCUUGACAUGACACAUCAAGAAUGUUUAG